AUGCACUCCAUCAAGUUCCUGGGAGCCAUCCUGGCUGUCGCCGGCACGGGUUUGGCCAUGCCCCUGGAGGCACCCAUCGCUACCCCAGCUUCCCCUGCCCCCACCGCCGCCGCCCCGGCCGUGGAAGGUCUUCAGGAGUCGUGGGUUGGCUGUGACAAUGGUCAUUGCCCCCCCGAGGACCCCAGCCCCUGGUCGAAGAAGGCCAAGGAGCGUUGGGCAGCGAAGAAGGCCAAGAUGCCAAAGAAGACUUCGAAGCCCAAGGACCUCAGCCCCGAGGAGCUCGAGAAGAAGGUCACUGAGCUUUGGGGAGAGAAGAAGGCUAAGGAGUUUUUCGCAGCGAAGAAGGCCAAGAAGCCGCAGAACCCUCCGAAGCCUGCGGAGCCUUCGUGCAACAAGGACAAGAGAGACGCGGCUGUCGACGCCGCCUGCGCCACCGACGACGACGGCUUCAGAAAGCUGUCGCCGGAGGCCCUCAGCGCCAUCCUCAAUGCCGCCCCGGGGCCCGUCGUGGCCGAGUCAAUGCCCUCCGCCGCCGCAUACGAGAUCCUGCCCCCCGGCGCUGCCGAGAAGAUCCGCGGCGCGCAUGGCCCCGGCGUCGUCGCCUCUACCGCAGCCGUCUCGGGUCCUCUCAAGCUGACCAAGAGGCCCGCCCGCACCUCCUCGGCUGCCGGUAAGCCUACCGCGUCCUCCGCUACCGGUACCCCUAGCGCCGCUACGGCGACCGGUACCCCUACCACCGCUACGGCGACCGGCACGACCACCCCCAAGGUGAUCUCCGUCGGGGUGACCGGAACGCCCGCCCGCCCAUCCCUAGCCACCGGUACGGCCACCAGCACCACCGCCCCCACAAAGGUCCACCUCGCGGCCCGGGGCUACCCCUCUAACUUCGCGGACCUCGUCCGCGUCGGGCCCCAGAUCGAGAAGAAGACGCCCACCGCAACCCCGGCGCCCAACGCCCUAGACUGCGCUUACAUCAUGGACGAGGGCAUCAAGGAGAUCAUGGCCAAGGGAGACGCGGCCAUGGAGAACUACGAGGCCUUCCAGCAGUGUGUCUUCGCUGAGGCCACGAGCCAGAGUUGGGCUUUGUCGGAGGGUGGUCGUAUCACUCGUAUCCCAGUGAUGGAUGAUGCUACCCGCGAGCGUCUCAUUGCCAAUGGCGACAUCGUUGUCCUCAAGGGAAAGCGCAAGCCGGGCACCAAGCCUCAGCACUCUUGA